GUCACUGGCUGCAAUUUACAGGCUGCGCGUCACAUUAAUAAACAGAGCUAUAAAACCACGAGGCAGGUAUCUGGAGCCAGACGCCUCUGGAGCCAGGUGCCUCUGGAGGAAUGUGGAGCGUGAGAGGUCUGAGCUGUCUCCUGGCCAUUCGGCUGCUGCCACUGCUGGAAGCUUGUGAGCAGCCAAUGGGAUCUCCCCGCAUUGUGGGGGGUCAUGAUGCUAAGAAUGGGUCCUGGCCCUGGCAGGUCAGCAUCCGUCAAGGCAGCAACCAUAUCUGCGGAGGGUCCCUCAUUGCUGAGAGCUGGGUGGUAUCAGCAGCUCAUUGCUUUAACGGGGACAAAUCUGCCUAUCAUGUGAACCUAGGGGAAUAUCAGCUCCUGAACCCCUCUGAAAGUCUGGUAUCUUUUCCCAUCAAGGAGAUUUACCGCCACCCCAGCUACACGGAUAUCGGGUCCAGCGGUGACAUCGCGCUGGUGGAGCUGGAAACCCCUGUGAGCUUCAACAGUGUUAUCUGCCCCAUCUCCCUUCCGGCCUCCUCUGUGGAGUUCCCCGCGGGCAUGGAGUGCUGGGUGACCGGCUGGGGUGACACUCAGUACGGAGGGAGCCUGACAGCCCCCAAAACCCUGCAGGAGGUGCAGGUGCCCCUGAUAGACAGAGACGCCUGCAACACCCUCUUCAGCACCGGCUCAUACCCCGACGACCCUCCGGGGACCGAUCCCAUCAAGCAGGAUAUGAUCUGCGCAGGGUACCCGCAAGGGGAGAAAGAUGCGUGUCAGGGUGACUCUGGGGGACCCUUGGUCUGCGAAUGGGACAGCGCGUGGCUCUUGGCCGGGGUGGUGAGCUGGGGCGUGGCGUGCGCGCGCCCCAACCGCCCGGGGGUCUACAUCCUGCUGCCCCCCUACGCCGACUGGAUCCAGAGCUACGUCCCCACCGUACCCUUCACCGUGCGUAGCAUGUCCGUCAUGCAGCUCAACAGUGCCGGUGCUAGCCCGUUGGGGGCCCUAAGGAAUAUUUUGGGGGCCUCCCCCAUCCACACUACACUAAACCAGGCAAAGCGGAUAGGGGGCCCCCUCGGGCUGCUCGGGGCCAUAAGUCAUUGCCUAGUCUGCUUGUGCCUAGUGCCGGCUCUGCCUGCCAUGCUUCUCCUAGCUGCAGCUGUCCCCAUGAUCCUGUGAGAUGCACCCCCCUAUGCCCCAGCGCAUACCUCCAGGCCCCCACCAAAGCCCCCUCCAGACGGGGGUUCAGUUCAUCACUGCCUCGGAUGGGUGCACAGCCCGGAUCCCAACUUGGCCAGCGCAAACGCUGCUAAUGGUAACAAGGGUGCAAAGGUGAUUUCCUCCAGCAGGGGGAGCAGGGACGCAUGCACGCACACACGCAUGCACGCACACACGCAUGCACGCACACACGCAUGCAUGCACGCACACGCACACACGCAAGCACACAAGCAGUCAAGCCCUAGCCUCCCUCUCCCACUUGCUUCAAUGCCAGAUUGUGUCCUUAUA